AUCUGCAGAAAUUUCCCAGCCAUCCUGUCGCGUUUGGCCGUUGCUGCAACCACCGCGAUCCAUAAUCCAAGAGAGAGUCGAAGAGCAAGGUUUGCCAUGGCGAGCGAGCACGCGGAGCCGAAGCAGAAGCAGAGCCUGAUGGAUAAGGCCAAGGAGUUCGUGGUGGACAAGAUCGCGCACAUCCCCAAGCCGGAGGCGUCGCUGGACAGCGUCUCCUUCAAGAGCAUGAGCCGCGAGUGCAUCACCCUGCACAGCAACGUCAACAUCUCCAACCCCUACGACCACCGCCUCCCCAUCUGCGAGGUCACCUACACCCUCAAGUGCGCCGGAAAGGUCGUUGCGUCCGGCACCAUGCCCGACCCCGGCUGGAUCGCCGCCAGCGACAGCACCAAGCUGGAGAUCCCGGCCAAGGUGCCCUACGACUUCCUGAUCUCGAUCGUCAAGGACGUGGGCAGGGACUGGGACAUCGACUACGAGCUCCAGGUGGGGCUCACCAUCGACCUCCCCAUCGUCGGCAAGUUCACCAUCCCGCUCUCCACCAGCGGCGAGUUCAAGCUCCCAACCAUCAAGGACAUGCUGUUCAGUCGCACCCCAUCAGAGGCGAGCUAACUCUGUGAUCUGAUCCGACGAAUGUAUCCUAUCUUGCAAAUAAAAGGCAGCUCCUCUGUUUCAGUUCCACAUGCUACUGCUACUGCAUUGUAUCAGCUGUCAGCUCAACUGAACCUCUGUUUCUGAAUGCAUGCCUCAUGGUUGCAAUAAAGAGCUAGACGCCUGCAUUUCAGGUUUCUUUGGAAA